UCGGUUAUUAGUCGAUCUCAAUUGGUCGGAAAAAAUAAUGCACGUGCCUAAUCACACGAGCGUGGACACACGUUGUUCGACGGAGGGGCAUGCUAUGAUACAUGUAGUAUAAUGCUCACUAUGAUGCCUAUGUAAUGGCCCUUUUUUGUCUCGAAUAAAUAUAGACGUCGUUAGAUAAGGCGCGAAGUUUUGACCAUGGCAUUUGUCUCGAGCUCGCUCUCUAUCCCUGCAACUUCCCCAAAUUCUGCUUCUUCUCCUUUUUAUUUGGUUCGAUUUUGCCCUAAUUUUGCUUCUUAUUCUUCAAAGUCGGAUCGAUUUUUCCCUAAUAUUUUGACUUCUAUUUCGAAUUUAACUGUAUCUUGUCCUAAUCGUUUGACUACUCGGUUGAGUACUUCUUUCUUUUAUGGAUCUAGCUUGUAUGAUGGAUUUCGAAAUCUCAGUGUACAUGCGAAGUUUGAGAAAUUUGAAGGGUUUGAAGAAGCUUCUGAUGAAUCUAUGGAGGCUAUGGAGUCGAAAGAACCAGAAGAAGAAGAUGACAGUGUUUUACCUUCUGACUUGGAGGGUGCAAUUCGACAGUCAAGUAAUGCGAGUGCCCUCUUUAUUUCUUCGGGUGGAAUGAGAGCUAUCGUGGAACUAUUGAUACCAGCGCUAACAUUUCUUGAUGAGGAGGGUGCUCAAGCUGAGCUAUGGGAAUUAUCAAGAAUUUUCUUGGACUCACUUAGAGAAGAAACAGGAUAUCAGAGAAUAAAAGCCAUUUUCCCUGAUGCUGGAGCAGCUGCACUUUUAAAAUAUCGGUGGGAAGAUGCUCCUUUUGGUUUUGCCAGCUUAAGUGACAGAAGGCCAGUACAACGUGAAGACGAGAUUGUAGUCAUGGUUGUUCCUGAUUAUCAGAUGUUGGAAUAUGUUGAGCGAAUUGCAUCUCAACUCUCUGAUGAGCCGCCAAGACCUCUCAUCAUGUGGAAUCCACGACUUAUCAGUGAAGAUGUAGGAGUUGGUUAUAAUGUUAGAAAGCUGCGGAGAUACUUCUUAAGCUCUUUCACAACUGUAUAUUCCAUGAAGCCUUUGCCAUCUGGUGCAGUGUUCAGAUGCUAUCCGGGGCUAUGGAAGGUUUUCUAUGAUGAUAAGGAGAGGCCAAACCGGUAUUUACUUGCCAAAGAGCAACCUAAUCGUCCUGAUGCAGAUGAGCUAGAUCUAAUAUUUGGGGAUGUGGCUGAGAAGUCAGAGAAAGGCCCCUCUUUGCUGACUGCGGCUAUGGGUAUGUUUUCUUCAUUAAACCGCUUUGUUAAAGCCAUCUCUAAAUGAUUUGUGCACAGUGUAUUUCCAAAUGGAUAACAUAGGUUUCACUUCCUUUUGUUCUCUCUUCCUUUAUGGAUGUAUAAUGCUGAGGUUUAUGUUAGUGUUUAAUGAGAAAGAAAAAAGGUGACUGUCAUA